AUCUAGUGGACGGAACGCUUUUUCAACAACUGCAGCCACCUCCGUAGCUCGCUAGACAACAAACUCGGAACAUUCAAGUUCUUUAGACAAUUUACUGGUUUAAUUGCCACUAUGAUUUAACAUACUUAUGUGGAAACAACUAGCUACCCCAUUUAAUAUAAUAUUUACGUUCUAAGUCAACUAGCUGGCUGGUUAAGUUAGCACUAGUCUCGUCGCUAAUGCUAACAAGCUAUUAUCCUCGACCAUGAGCCUACUAAGCUACUCUCCUCCUGAUAAAGAAGAGGCGAUCUACUGGACGGAGAAAGAAGUGAAAGAGGAGGAGGAAGAGGAGGAUGUUACAAUACAAAAAGAAGUAGAGGGUGAGGCUGUUACCGUGAAAGAAGAAGAGAAAGACGUUACAGAGAAAGACUCCUUCAGAGUGGAGGAGGAUGUUACUGUGAAAGAAGAUGAAGACGUUUUUGGAGUGAAGGAUGAAGAGGGGGAGAUUACUGUCACAUUAGAGGACGACGAAGAAGAGACGACUGGAGAUCUGAUUAAGACCAGUAAAUACAGAGAGAGACAGGACUAUCAUGGAUCCUCUGGAGAGUCUCAACAACAUUAUGACGCUGACGAGGCAAUGCAGAGUGUCUCCACAUCAGAACACCUCAAGAAACACCAGCAGAGACCCACAGGAAAGAAACCUCACUGCUGCUCUGACUGUGGGAAGGAUUGCAAAUCUUCAUCAGAACUUAAAAUACACCAGCGAGUACACACUGGAGAGAAACCUUACUGCUGCUCUGACUGCGGGAAACUUUUCUCAAGAUCAAAUUCACUAAAUGUACACCUGAGAAUUCACACUGGAGAGAAAUCUCACUGCUGCUCUGACUGUGGGAAACGUUGCAAAGAUUCAUCAGAACUUAAAAUACAUCAGCGAGUACACACAGGGGAGAAGCCUCACCACUGUUCAGAUUGUGGGAAAAGCUUUUCAACAUCACAGACUUUGAAGCUGCACCAGAGAACACACACAGGAGAGAAACCUCAUACCUGUGAUCAAUGUGGGAAGUGUUUUACUCAGUCAAGCUGCCUGAAAUCACACCAGAAAAUACACACUGGAGAGAAACCUUAUAGCUGUGCUCAAUGUGGGAAUUGUUUUGUUACAUCUAGCAACCUGAUAUCACACCAAAGAACACACACAGGAGAGAAAUCUUAUAGCUGUGAUCAAUGUAGGAAGAGUUUUGGUACAUCUCAAAAUUUGAUGAUACACCAGAGAACACACACGGGAGAGAAGCCUUAUAGCUGUGAUCAAUGUGGGAAGAGUUUUACUACAUCUAGCCAUCUGACUGUUCACCAGAGAAGACACACAGGAGAGAAACCGUAUAGCUGUGAUCAAUGUGGGAAGAGUUUUGUUUCAUCUGGCCCUCUCGCUAAACACCAGAGAACACACACAGGAAAUAAAUCUUAUAGCUGUGAUGAAUGUGGGAAGAGUUAUACUACAUCUAGCAAUCUGACUAUACACCAGAGAACACACACAGGAGAGAAUCCUCAUAGCUGUGAUCAAUGUGGGAAGAGAUACUCUGAUAAAAGAUCUCUGAUCAAACAUCAGAAAAUACAUGGAGUUGUUUCAUUGAUAUCAAUGAAAUAAUGUCACAAUAUAGAAUUGUUUAACAUUGUAGAAGGAGUAUUUUAAUGUUGUCACAAUGUAGAACCCUAAACGUUUGCCACAUAUUCUAUUGAUUUCAACAUGAUAUGGAUAUUAGCCUCAGUGGGAAAAUCUUUGUCUUUGAAAUGGAAUAGUAGUAUUUAUGUGAUUUAACAAAAAGUGACUAACCUAAAAAAUAGCUGUGUUACACUUACCACGUUGGCGACCCACUUGAAUGAAAAUGCAACACUUCAAAAUGUAGCUAGCUGUAUUCAACAAAUUGUCCUCUAACCAGUGAUGUACACAUUAUUCCCAGAUUCCGUGUGGUUUUUGAGCUGUUAGUUUUAACAGGACGUGCAGCCUCAUCUUCCUCCUGUCACACAAAUGAUUUUAACAUGAUAUUGAUGAGUUAUGACAAAUAAGUGUUGUGUUCCUUUGUUUAGUGACCCCUACAUUUAAAUGCAUCACUCCAAAAUGUAGCUGACUGUCUUCUGCAGGUUGUCCUCUAACCAGUGAGGUAAAAGAUAUCUCCCGUUUCCAGGGGUUUUGUUUAGUUGUUAGUUUCAACAUCACGUACAACCUGAUUUCCCCCCUAAUCGAUAUCAGUGAUUUAUUGCUGCUUGUCAAAACAACAGUGUUUUUGGUGCUUGUGCAGUUUAUAAGGAGAUUGUUUUAAAAAAAAGUAAUAUGAUUAUUGUGGCAGAUGUUUGUGUAUAUAGCACAUUUUAUUUCAAUUUAUCACAAACUGUUUCUGCAUUUGGACGAUUGAUUUGGACACGUUAAAGCUGUGAUAUUGGGGCUAUCCCACUUAGCAAAAUGUCGUUGAAAAUAAGACUAUGCCCGAAGUACAAUAUAAGUUUUAGUUGAAAGUUGAAAAGAAGACCAUUUAAUUUCAACGUACUUGCAGCCUAUACACAUGCAUGCAGUAUAAUAAUUCUAUAAUCAGUUUUAGGGACAGGAGUCCCGGUCGUCACGGAUCCGCUAGCGGGACAACUUCCUGUUGGAAUAAAUAAUCAGAAAUAUUAUGGAUUUGAAUCAUUUAUGAACAUACAAGUGUCUAAAGCUUUUACAGCGAAAACAUGCCAUGUGAUUGUUUGAGGAUGGCGCCCCACAUAAAAAUGUCCACCGGCACAGGCUUCAUACACAAUUAACGAUUAAAUAUUCACUUACUUUUUGAAAAUCUUCCUCUGAUUUGGCAUCCAAAGGGUCCCAGCUAUAACAUGUAGUGUUCUUUUGUUAGAUAAAAAUCCUU